ACUAGCUUUGGUCGAACAGGAAGCAAUUACUGGGGCUUUGAAACACAGGGCGUCAUUCCUGAUAUAUUUACUAUGGCAAAGGGUAUUGGCAAUGGUUUACCAUUGGGAGCAGUUGUGACAACCCCAGAGAUUGCGAGUGUAUUGGCCCAGAAAAUUCAAUUUAAUACUUUUGGAGGAAACCCUGUAUGUUCGGCUGGGGGGCUAGCAGUGCUGAGAGUUAUUGACCAGGAGAAGCGUCAAGCUCAUUGCGCUGAUGUUGGUUCUCACUUGCUCAAGCGUUUGAGAGCUCUUCAGCAAACACAUGAAAGUAAUUACUCUUGAAUUUAACAUUUGUAAAAAAAUCAUCACACUUUUGUCUGUAUACGGGUAUCUAUUGUAAUUUAAUAGAUAAUAUUGGCCUUGCCCUUUUAGAGCACUUCCUCUAAGUCUCCAAAUUACAUUGAAAUGUGAAUCCUAUGAACCAAUUGUUAGGUUUCUAUGCACUAGUGGAAUUUCUUUCCUUAGUAUUAAAAACCCAUAUACGUAAUAUAGUAUUCCCAUUAAUCACUAAUUCCCAUUAAUCAAUGAAUGCAAACCUUAAGAAGGUCACUGUUAAUUUAA